UGUCAAAUGCGUCAAUCAGCGAUACAAACGUGAUUCAUUAUUCAUUUGUUUUUGCCAGGCAGACGUCUUCGUUGUCGUCGCGGCGUACUUUGCGAUAUCUUGGAUUGCGCUGUCGUUUGUUCACCGUGAAUUUUGGUUCAAUUUUAGUUAACUAUAGCGUGCAAAUUUUGUAGUUAUCACUCGGGGCGUUAGGCAGUGCCAGUCCGUGGAUCUGCAAGGCGUCUGUCGUGUGCGAGACUCGACCCAACAUGGUUUCUAAUCACGGUGUUCCAAUUUCGACUUGGUUUCUCUUGAGACUGGGACUUUGAUAGUGAUAUUAUGUGGUUAGUGAUGUUGUAGACUGCCGGGCGCCAAAAGGGUCGAGUAGAUAUGAUGGAUUCUAUCAGAAAGUGGCUGUAUAAGCCAAAGAAAGAUGACACCUCCCUGCUAGCGCAAUUCUUUCACGCUGACGAAAACCUGAAUGCGAUAGCAGGCGAACUAGACAGCUUCGAUGGAAGAAAGGACCCUGAACGAUGUACCCUCUUGGUUACCAGACUUAGACUAGCCCAGGAUAGGGUACUAACUAUAACAAACUCGAUCAUGGAUGUGCUGAUAGGAGACGAAAGGGCUAACAGGGAUUUCAGGGUAAAGUUUCCUGAAGAUGUUCUUCAAGAUAACCUUGCAGGACAGCUAUGGUUUGGAGCUGAGUGUCUGGCUGCUGGUUCGUCCAUAAUGAACCGCGAAUCAGAGAGCACAGCAAUGCGACCAUUGGCCAAAGCAGUCACCAAGAGCUUGGAGAACGUCAGGAACCUGUUAAGGGACGCUUGCUUACGUAACAACACGCCUAAUGGACCCAUCAAGUUGGACUCCAAUGAACUAGUCACCGAAAUGUUGAUGGAAAGUCUUAAGAUAUUUGACAGGCUGUUCGCUGAAUUCGAGUUAGCCUACGUCAGUGCAAUGGUUCCUGUGAAGUCGACACAAGAGUAUGAACUUCAAGAGAUGAUUGGUGUUCUAUUUUCUGAAACACUUCAGCGUGCGCUCAAAAUGAAAAUCUUAACUCAGGAAAUGGUAGACGACUGCGAUCCAGCCUUGAUGUUUACGAUUCCACGUCUGGCCAUAGUCAGUGGCUUGCUCAUCUUUCCCAAUGGGCCCCUCAGUAUCGAUUGUUCAAUAGAAGAAAUGAGCGAAAUGUUCAGACCUUUCCGACAACUCCUUCAUAAGAUCAGGGAGUUGCUGUGGACAUUGACCAAAAGGGAGUUGUACGCCCUGGAGAAGCUUCUCUGUGAUAACGAGCAGAUUGACGGAGAUGAUGUGAAGAUUGGAGAUGUACAGGGCGAGUUGGACGAGUUUGUUGGGCAGUUCUAUGAUGAUUGUUAUAUGGUGUCGUAUCUGACGGUUGGUGUUACACAAAAUUCAUCUGCCAAAGAGAAACGUACCCGUUCUCCAAAACAAAACCUCCACCACAACCAUAAUCAUCAGCAGCCUCAACAUAUUCUCACAACAGUAGAGUUACCAUCCACUUCCAAUAGGCUGAUACCACCCAGCGUAUUCCAUAGUUCCAUCAUGGCCGCGAAUAGUUCGCCUCAACAACAACAGCAUUCGGGUGUCAUGGAAUCACCUCCAGAUCGUGAUUCCUUGGAGAUGAUUUCAGCGGCUGCUGCCACUUUGUCUUCGAUUCUCAGCACGGGAGAAGUUGGACCCCCAGAGAGGACAGAUGACCUAGAAUCGCCAAAUGAUUCUGGAGUUUGCACUGAGACGGCCAGCUUGGAUAGAUCUCCAAGUCUGGAGCUGACCACAGAAACGAAGCACUGUACCUGCACAGCAUCGGACAUCUCAACAACGGUGACCGCUCCAUGCAAUUGUUUUUGCAAAAAGACAACGUCCACGACAGGUAGCAGAAAAAUGAUGCAUGCACGUCAAGCAGAUUUUUCUCCAGGGGUGAUAGCAUUAAGGAAAAAGGGACAGACUCAAGUUGAAGAAGACACUUCUAGUACGGGCAGUUCCUCUGACACAAGUUCGUUCCACAGUAACUGCGUGGAUGAUGAAGAGUUGGCUUUAGCCAUGCAGGCUGCUGAGAUCAGCAGUAGGAACGAGAUUAGGGCUAAGUACAGAUCAAGUGAAGACCUUCUCCAUCGACUGUUUGUUUGUAUAGCAGGCGUCGCCGACCAACUGCAAACAAAUUUCGCCUGCGAUCUUCGCAACAUCCUGAAAUCCGUAUUCCUAAUGAACGCCAGCGACGGUGGCUGCCUUCCUCCACCGCCCACCGAUACUUCUCCUACUUCCCCUCCUAAUCGCGCUUCUCCCUCUCCUCGACCGCCCCCCUCCCUCGAAGCUUCCAUGGAGUACCACCCCGCUGAGAGUGACGUCAUCGAAACAGAUGAAUUCUCGGUAGACCCAAAUAUCCUAGCGCAGGAGGCGUUGUUCGACACGAAUGUCUACUUUCAUUUGGAGGGGGUACAAGAGGGGUGUGAGGAUGAGUACGAGAAUCUGCCGAGAGUGGGGGGGAGAAGAGAUUCAGAUGCGGGCUCGGAUUAUAGCAGAUACGUGUCUCUUCGCGAAGACAUCGCCCAUCUGCACCACCAUCCGCACCAUCAGCAAGUUCACAUGCAACACCAGCGCCCCCCAGCGUGGAUUCCAGACAUCGAGGCACCCAGGUGCAUGUCGUGUGGAGCAAACUUCACAGUCGUCAAACGGAGGCACCAUUGUCGAAACUGUGGCAAGGUGUUCUGUGCCCGGUGUUCCUCGAACAGUGUUCCGUUACCAAAAUAUGGACACGUGAAACCGGUCAGAGUGUGCAACAGAUGCUUUUUAUACAAUUUGACGCCUUUCACCGUUUGAGAUUUGCCGGACAUUCUAGAUUAUUUUCAUUGGGCUGGCAAUGUCAGUUGAUAAAGGCAAAACGCGAAAUAAUACCAGAAUCGUUUGAAAAAUCGGUAUUUUCAAAUCGUAUGAUUGGCAGAUAAAGUCUGUGAGUGGCAACACUGUAAGGUUCAGAUGUGCGGCAGUCGGGUAGACUCCAGCCCUUAUGGAGGUUUUGCAUGCUUUUACCAAAAAAUUGCUGUUAUAGUGUUGCCACUUUACCCAAAAACUAUUUUUUUAGAGCUCCCGGUCUUUUUUAUAUUGAUUCACUUUUUAAACGAAUUGACCUCUCAUUGUUUUUUCAUAAACAACGCUUUUAAAUUUCGGACUGCGAAAAACGUUUUCGGAAGUUUUGCGUCUUUCAAUUUUUUUAGUGUGCAUUAAAACCCUAAGCAGAUGGUUAGAAAAUUUGUGAUACGUUUCCUUGUGGAACAUAAUUUAAAGUAAGGACGUUUAGUGGAGAAAAACUUGCCCGCUAGAUAAGAUAUAUAGAUAGCAAAAUAUUGUUGAACUCGUUUUAUAAAAUUACAAAGCGAAGGGCUUAGAGAUAAAACAACAGGAGAAUGUCACAGUUUUUUGUCUACAAGUUUAACACCACAUAAAACUAGAAAAUACCUAUAUCAGCCCCAAAAGAUUUUAAAGCGUCUUUGACCCCUCAGUGGUUCAUACAGCUUUUAUAAUAGGCAGCUAAAUUGUGAGCUAAUAAACCUCAAACUCCUUUCAUGUUGAUACAAAUAUGCAUAGUAUUUCUUGGACAUAUAUAAAAAAUCUUAGGAAAAACACAUUUUUGAAGAAUGUUUCAAGAUGAAAUGAUUUUAACUGAUUUGGAGAACACACUCAUUUGUUGACUUGUUGUGGUAACACCCCGUAUAAAUCUGAUCCUGGUCCGUCUUUUCAAACUAAGGAUUUCAUUUGAUUUUCACAUUGUAAAAAAUGUUUUACUUUGCUUUCACCUAGAGUCCUAUAGUUUGAGUCUUUGAGAAAAUUUUAUAUGCUUAAUUUCAUAGGAAAAAAACUGUGGCAUUAGUUGCUUAUUAAAUAGAUAUGUGAUAUAAGUGGUAGGUUAUAAAAAAUUAAGUAUUAAUUUUCUUAAGCUAAAACAUGAGAUUAGUUAGGUAAUUGACCUUGCUCAAAAUUGUUAUCAAAAUUUAAAAAAAUAUUAGGGAAAGUUUGAUAGGGAUUAGAUCAGUUGACAUUGCUGGCCAAUAUAGUGCACCAAUGUACAGAAAGAUUGUAUGCAUAGUAGCUACAUAGCGAAACAUGUACAGGGGUGUCCAGAAUAUGUGAGCGAUCUAAAAAAUUAUACAGGGUGAGUUUUUAGUGGGCUGGGUCGAUAACUCCGUUAUUACAUGUUAUCUAAAAAAAUUGUUAUCCCAUUUUUGCUUCCUAUUCACUUACGUUCUCAGUUUUUUUUAUAGUUUAUUCGGUGUAAAAAGAACGAUUUCUCAAAAUUUUCGAAUGUAACGCCAUGUAUAUUUUCACAUCCUUCGAUUCCUUUCUUAACAAGGUCUUUGUAAAAUAAGGUUUAUGGGGUUAUGUACCACUGGUUUCUGAGUUACAGCUAACCUUUUUGUAAAUCGGAUAUCAAGGUGAUUUUCAAUAAACAUUGUUUAUGAAAGCAGUAAUAUAUUAAGCCAUUUUUAUGCAAAGUACAACACGGUCAUGUACUUUGGACCAAGAUUAAUUGUAUCUUGGGACAACAUUUAAUAAAAGACAAAAUAAUACAAAAAUAUGUUUAUUCGUAUUAUAUUUAUUUCACAUGUUGUAAGACAUAAAAUCUAGUGAAAAAUGUAAUUGCUUCCAUGCGCCGUUCUGAUCCACCGACUAGGGUAGGCUUUGGUAACUUCUUUACUACGUCGGCAUUGCAAAUUUCAUAUAUUUCUUCGGUCUUUACAAACUUGUUACUAUUCAUAACUUUUUUUAGAUACACAAUUUCAAAUUUGUCUUCCUCUAAAUUCUUUUUAAUUUCUGCUAUAUAAUGCCGAACAGAUUUUUUUAGUUCAGUUCCACAAGUACAAAAUCUCCUUCUAAUAAUGCAGUAUUUUCAAUAUCUUCGAUCUCCAUUUCAUUGUUCGAAUCUUCUAAAAGUUUUUGAAAGUAAUUGUCAUCUUCACUGCUAGAAUCUGCUGUUGGAAAAACUUUUUUGGUCACUUUUUAAACUUUAACCUUGGAUUUUCUCAGCUUUUUAAGGUAUUCUGCUUCUAGCUCGUACAUUUCUGGAGUCUCAGUCAGUAUCCUGGAUUUCCCUUUUCUUCGCCCACCUCUAGUAAUUCUUGGGACAGCUUUAGGGUAUGGCCUUAUUAUCUUUGGGCUUAUAUAAUCAAUGUUCUUAUUCCACUCGUGGAAGCUUUAGGUUUACCACAAUUUGAAUCUUUUGAAGGGCCAGGUUCUGAAUAUAUUGCAUCAAUGGAUGAUCUAGACUGAACAGCAUUUUGAUCUUCGUGAUUAUCUCCAAUUUACCUGUGCUAGGAUUUUGUAACAAAGGCACUUAAGAAUUUAUCAUCUCCAAAUGCAUCUGGAUUAAAGGGAUAAAUGCCAGUCACGGAAAAUCCUUUUGUAAUAUUAUGCAACGUAAGUGCUUUUGGAUAAGCUUUUCCAAUGAUUUCAGAAACUCGAUAUAGAGAAAUGAGUUUACCUGGAUUUUGAAGCAUCGAUUCAUUAACAGCUUGGUUGUAAUAGGUUUUAUAGGGUCCAAAAACAGUGCGGUCUAAUGGCUGCAAUUUAUGUGAGGUGUGCGGUGGGAAGGUAAGUAAGACAAUCCCGUGAGAUUUUGCCAGCUCAAUUAAGGGAAUGGACAUGUGACUCUCGUGGUUCUCAAAAACCAAUAGAACGGGGUUUUCUUAGGAAGGCUUAACAUGUUUUAUAAAAUGAUCCAUAUAUUCCAUAAACUUUUCUUCAUUGUACCACCCUGAAGGAUUUGCUGCACCACGUUCUCAUAGUCAUAGAUCCGAGUUGUUUCACUCCUUUUCUAGCUAUAAUACGAGGAGGAACAUGAACAGUAGUAUUCCCAGUUUCAUUUACGUUGUAGAUGUUAUUAGGUAAGAACUUAUGCUUUUCCAGACAACUUGCAAGUAUUGAAAAAAAAUCACCAACGUUUUUCUUGUUGAAACUGGUAGAACGACCAACACUUGUCGCUUCUGGUUUUCUUAGGGACAAAGUUAAGUGACGUUUUAAAAACGAACGGAGCCAUUCCCUACCUGCUUUUUUCGCUUCCUUCCAUUGUUCUGGCAUUUUUUUGUCGUUGGCGAUGGCAUACUGGUAGGCCAACAUUCUUACUUCAUUUUUGUUUAAACCAUAAUUCAGUCGUGCUGAGAAUAAUAGAUAUUCUUCAAGCUCAUUCUCCUCCUCAGACGUAAAUACUUGCUUUACCGCAUUUGAAGCCGAAUAUUUAAAAUGUCUAUGUCCAGAUUCUCGAUGUAACUGAAUAUGUCGCGCUAAGGUUGUUUUACUAACAUUGUGUAUCGUAGCUGCUUGUCUUAGCUGGAUGUUAUUAACUACUCCAUCGCGGCAUAAUGCUGAAAAGAAAAUAAAUAUCUAAGACACAAGCAGCAAAAUUUACAAAUGACUAAUAGGUGAAAAUAAUAUAAGAAUAAAAUAUCAUCUAAAUUCUCAUAUAAAUAAUAAUAUAUUGUUUAUUAUAGAUAUUUCAGGUAAAAAAGGCUAAAUAUUGCAUGAAGAUUAUUUAAAAUAUCAGCCCACAGGUCGUAUGUCACUGAUUUUCAAAAACACAACAAUAAAGUACAAAAUGUAAAUUUGCUGCACAUAAAACAAAAUAAAUAUCUCUUACGAUGUGCUCGUUUCUCGAUCACAACGCUCGCUGAAGUAAGUAAACUGUUAUAGUGCUCCCUUAACUAUACUUGGCUAUUUCGGUUCCAGUAUCACAUAUGGCGAUAAUAUCCGCUUUGUCCCAAGGUACGCGCGUCCCAAGGUACAACACUCUCCCCUACUUUUUGUUCUUGGUCACCCUGUAAAAACCGUAUAGUAUGUUAUAUCAAAUUGCUUCGUUUGAAGAGGCCUAUCCAAAUCUGCAAUAAAAUGUGGGUCUUUCCAUUUCCAUGUAUGUUUGGGUCCCACAUACACACAUCAUCAAAAGUGUUGGACCCCUGGCGUACUGGGAAACUAUAGCCUUCUAAUUUCAAUCUUUGAUAUAUUUUAAAUUGGGGAUAUGUUUACUAUAUUUAUUUAACAAAACGUUGAAUUAAUUUCAUUAAUAUGAAAAGAAAAAGAAAGUUGAACAAGUAAGGUGCCAAAAAUUUUAUUUUUAAAAAUUAAAAUUAAAGAAAAAUAAUUAUUCUAAAGAAAAAUAAAACAUAAUUAUAACCAGUUCGGUGUACUCUAGAUCUUAGCAGUGCCAGCUCAUUUAGGGUUGUAGGUGGAUCUAUUCUGUUCCGUACGGCUCGAGCUAUAGUGUCCCAAAUGUUUUCAAUGGGGUUCAUGUCUGGGCUGUUCGCAGGCCACGGCAAUCUCUCUAUUUGGCCCCUUUCUAGAGCCCGCUGGACCCUUCUCGCUCUAUGUGGCCUUGCAUUAUCAUCCAUAAAAAUUAAGUUGUUACCGAAUUCAUUUCGCAAAGGCUGAAUAAUGGGUUGUAUGACAUUUUCUUCAUAAAUCUGUGGCUUGGAUAAACAAGGGCCAAUCUACGAAAAUCAAGUUUGGAGAUAAUUUAGGAUUUGUGAAUUGGAACAAAAUUAUUUCUUACGCAAAAAUCCUUUAUGCGAAUUGAAUGAAAUUUGGGUAGCAUGUAACUGGAUGUGCUAUGAUCCAAAAUAUAUUGAAAAUUCGUAGAAGUAUUCAUUUAGUCACAUAUUUUUGUUUGUUAGGCCCCUACAAUUUCGGCCUAACUCACAUAGACCCUAUAUCUAAUAUGCACGUAGGCCCAAGAAAAUGGUAUAUAAGCCCCAUUGUAGGAAAGAGUAUAACUUAGGCCUUUUUUGACUAUAAAACGUUUUCCCCAUUAUGAUUUAUUUUAGCGUCAAUAACAAUAAAACACAGUUGGCAAUGUCAUAUAUUUUAUAAAAGUAUAGAAAUAAUCUCAAGAACUGUUUUCUAGAUAUUAACAUAAACUAAAACUUUACUUUUUUUUACAAUGGCAAAAAAAUGAAAAAAGGCUUAUUCAUCAUAUUGUAAAAUAGCUGUCGGACAUACAUCUUCAUCGGCAGCUGUUUCUUCUGAUUUGAGAUUAGCAUAAAAAAGCCGACAAUUUGGGUGUAUAUAUUGUAUUAACGUAUUAAUGUCGUCCAAUUUUUUUUUUGGAAGAGGCAACGGGUACGAAUUAUGUAGCCUUUCCAAAACGAGUUGUGUCUCAUCUGGCUGUCCUUUUUUCUUCUUUGUUAUAUCCCAGACUUUGAAAUCUUCUUUUGCCAAUAAGCCUUCCUUGUAGAAAAUUUUUCCAGGGUUUUCCUUCGUGUAGAGGAAAUAGUUUGCUUUCAAAAAAGACAUUUGCUCUCCGUCCGCGUUUUUCUUUCUAUUCACAAAAUACGCUUUCUGAAGAGCGCUUAUAUUGUAAAAAUCAUCCUGAGACAUGUCAAUGACUUUAAUUCCUCCUUUUCGCUGAAUGCUGCGAACCAGAGUGGACCAGUCUCUGGGUAUUUCUAUAUCCAUUGUUGUGUGCUUUUUAGCUUUUUCUAUUGAAGCAUGAAUCGAGUCUGCUUCCAAGUGAGUAUGACCGGAGAUUAGGAAUUUGUGGUGGACUUCUUUUAGCAUGUGGUUUGGUGGCAAAAGUUGAAACACCUUGGACAGUAGAGUAACAACAUGAAUGUUUUUAUUUUGCCCUGAGCAGCAAUCACUAUAUAAAUUUAGACAGGUUGCCCCUGGGGGCAAGUUUCUUAUGUACUUAAGGAGACAGGAUGCAAUUUCCUGUCCUCCACGGUUUGAAGUGGUUUCGUCCCACAUGAAACAAAAAGAUCUAUUUCCGUUGGAUUUUGUAACCUCGUAUAUUGUUAGGUUGAAAACCCACAACUGCCUUUUAUAAAAGGCAAUUCCACUUUUUAGGUGGGGAGUCGGUAAACAUUUUUGUAAGUCGAACAUUGCCGUUACUAUAGUUUCAUCUUGUUUACUUUUUUCUUUGUCAAUCCUUUUUGCAUUGUACGUCUUCUCUGCUGCAUCUAAAUGUUCUUUUUUUUCUCGUUCGUAGUCUAUUUUUUGUCCUUCAUCAGCGGAAGAUUUUAUUAAGAUGUUUAACUUAUCGCACUUGCUGCAGGUAUCGUUAUGGGGUGGAUGAAACGAAAGGUUGAAAUUGGACACAAAAAUACUUCGGUAAUAGUGGUCAGACACCGGAGUUUUUUCCGCUUCUUUACAAUAUUCGAUAUAAAGCCUAUACAUUUGUUGAAUGCUUAAAUCGGGAGAUAAGUAUCGUUUCUCUGAAUGCGAUCGAGAAUAAUGACUCUUGUAAGCUGGAAAUUUAGAGAUAUGUUGGAUUACAAAACUUUUAUCUUCAUCUGAUAUUUUAUGGUGGUUGCCAUGCUUCCCUCUUUGGUCUGGUCCACAUAUUCCGCUUAUAGAAAGCCUACACUUCUCAAUCGUAUAUCUUACUCUUUUAAAACUUACAUCCAGAGUAUUCAUAAACAUCACCUUACAAACUUCUAUAGGUAAUCCUCCUUUGUUCAGUAGAUAGGUAUGACUAAAUGAUCUUCUGCUGUCUUCUUCAAGUUUAGUGCAUCGACGCUUUUUAAAUUCCCUAACUGAACUUGACAAAAUCUGAGUUUGUUCAUUAUAUGUCAAAGAAUAAAAGUCUUUAAAAAUACUUAUCCUUUCCUCAUGGCUAAAUUUUUCAUAGCACUUUUUCUUGCAUCUACAUGGUUCUUUCAAGAUUUUUGCCUGGACAAUUUUAUUCUUUUUUGUUUUAUAUUCUUGGCCAUUUGCUCUUGCAACCUUCCUUUUAGAUACUUGCCACCCUAACUCAUUUCUGACUCUUUUUCUUGACUUUUUUUUCCUUUUUUGUGUUUCUCUCUCUGACUCGCUGGUUUCAUUGUCACUUUCUGUUCUGUAAGAAUUAUCUGAAUCAGUAGCAAAAGGAUCGGUUAUGUCGCUUUUGUUGUCCCCUACGUCCUGCAAAAUAUAAAUCUAUAGUUUAAAUUUUCCUUCAAAUCAAUUAACUUACAAUUUCCAUAUUUUGUUGAUCAAUAUAUUGAAGUUUUCCUUGAUCUUGAUCGGUAACAACUUGCUGGUUCACAGAGGAACAAUGUGGUUCCUGGAAUAUAUAGUAUUUUCAAUUUCAAACUUAUAAUGCUACUCUUUUGUAAGGUUAAUGAUGGAUGAUCUUAAUAUACACAACAUAGCUAAUUACACUUUCCUCAUCAAGAUACUUACAAUUUUCAUUGUUUGUUGAUCAAUAGACUGGUAUUGGUCUUGAUCUUGAUUGCUAACAACUUCCUCGCUAACAAAGUCUCUUACAAGUUCCAUUGGUUGUUGAUCAAUAGACUGGUAUUCGUCUUGAUCUUGAUUGUUAACAACUUGCUCGCUAACCAAGCCACAAUGAGGUUUCUAGAAUCACUAUAUUUUACAAUUUUAGCUCCAAAAUAAUAGGUACUAUUUUACACGCUAUGUAUACCAGCUCCGAAGAAAAAAACUUACUUGAAUAACAUCAUUUUUCAAAAUGAUAAUCUUCUUAUUGUCAUCGGUUGUGGUAGCUACAUCGUCAUUUAUGUUAGAAUUUUCCGUUUUAUUUUUCUUAGCUAUAUCUACCAUCCUCUGGCUUCGUGACUGAUGUUUCUCAUUGUACAAAGACAUUUUAACUUUUGGUUUAUGUUUGCAUGUUCUACAAUAAUAAUAUACUCUACGACAUCUUAAACAUUCUUUCAAGUACUCAAACUUACCUUGAACAAAAAAGAAUGCAGCAAAAAUUGAGAAUUUAUCACAAAACAGUCACAAAAAACGUGCCACACACACCUGUUCGUUAGAUAAAAUUUUGAGGUUAUGUUUUUACCGGCAAUUGCGCCGAGGCCUAUGUUACACAUCAGAUACACACAAUAAAUACGUUUAAACUCAAAAAGGCCUAUGUGGCAAAUCCGACCAAAAGCGGAAAGCUAUUAUGUCUUUCUGUUGCACAGAGGCCCUUUUCAAAUGUGUGUUUUUGAAUAAUGAAACGUCCCAAAUUGACAUAGGCCCAGAAAUUUCAAUGCACUUUGAAUAAGUGGCAGUUAGGCCCUAAGCAUUUAAAUGAAAGGGGAUAUUUUAAAGAUCCAAGGUCUCAUAGGUCUCUAUUUUCUGGGCCUAUUAGUCACUUAGGCCGUUUUAUGCUUAUAAAUUAAUAAUAUAUUUGUUACAUGGGACCAUUCAAAAAGGCGCAAACGGUAGAUUGGACCUUACAUUUUAUAUCUUGUAGUUAGGCCCACACACUUGCGCCCUUGUCACAUGGAUUUUAUCGAAAUCUACUAGGAUUAUUCUCUUGGGACCAUUUUCAUUGGAAAGAGAGUCAUUCGAUCAGUAAGAUAGGCCCUCUAGCUAAAUUUCUGCGAAUUUGUACAUAGGCCCUUGUUCGACCAAGCCAAGAAAUUUAAUUUCUGCAGUCAUUGUCUCCUGGAUCUGAAUUAAAGGACCCCGGUGGUUAAACAUUAUGCCUUCCCAAAACAUUAGUCGCUGUAGAUGUCCUGGUUCUCUCAAACCCCUUAUUCUACGGUCAUCACUCACCAGUAUAAACCUACCCUCAUCUGUAAAUACCACAUUUCGCCACUGGUAAAAGCUACUCCUGAUGUUCUCUAGCCCACUGGAGAGAGCAGCAAUUUGUCUACGAGUAUGGCGUGGAACACUUAAAGGUCUUCUAGGGCGCAAAUUUACCAUUCGCAAUCUUCUUCUGAUGGUAGAAGUGGAAAUAACUCUUCGAAAGGUUUGUUGAAUAUGCGACCUGAUAGCUGUACUUGUUGAAAAUCUAUUCCUUCGGGCAAAUAGAGCAAUGUAACGAUUCUCCCUAUCAUCUGUUACUCGAGGACGCCCGCUACGUGGCCGCUUUUCAACUGAGCCAGUUUCUUGGAAUCUUUGAAUUGUUCGAAUAACCGAACUUCUUGGGAUACCCAAAUCCAGAGCUAUUCGGUGAUUUGAAAAUCCAGCUUGGAAGAGGGCUACUAUUCGUGUUCUGUCAAAACCAGAAAUUUCAACUCGCGGCAUUUUAAAAGUUACAGUAUAAAAUUUUAUUUUAAUACUUUUUGCUCAAACACUACCGUUAAACUGACUUAUUUCUAUAAAAAUCCAAACACAUUUUUAUCUCAACGGUAAUUUUUGCGUUUUUUGCUUGCUAAAUAUAUAAAGAUUUUUUGUUCACAAACAGAAUGUAUAACGUACCUCUAGACGGAUUUAUACAGGGGGUCCAACACUUUUGAUGAUGUGUGUAGUCAUAAAUCAACCUGCGAAGAUGACAAUAUUUUCCAAGUAAGGAGCAUACUGUUGGCUGCAAUUUUUAGAUUGAACUUUUUUAGAUGGCUUGUGUUAUAACGGAGUUAUCGACCAAGCCCACACUAGAAACUCACCCUGAGUUAUUCUAUAUGAUUGCCCAAGUAUUUUGGGGUAUAGUGCUUGCAAAUGUAGUUAAACGUGUCGAAAAUGUAUGUAUACAAUAAAUUACUAAAAUAUUUUCUACCGUAUUUUAUAUGAUGGUUUUAAUAUGAUUUUUAAGGAAUAUAUUAAAGGUAUCUAUAAAAUAAUUGUUGUGUGACUAUACAUAACGUAAAUGAAGAUAUGUAUUCUAAUGUAGGAUUUUUAACGAUUUUUUUAUAUAUGGAACAUAUAAAUGACAUAUUUACUUUUUAUACUGUUGUGAGUAUACUUCGAAAUUACGUAUCAGUGGAAGUGAUAAGGAUAUUUUGAAUAAUAUGUAUUUAAUAAACAUGCAGAAUCCUAAAUUCAAAUUUUGAAUGUUUUUGUAAUUCAGACAUAAAGAAUCAUUGUCAACUUUAGAAGUUGCAUAAUCAUUUUGCUUUUACUGAAAAUUACACUUUUUUGAAACUAACCUUAUCACUUUUACAUAAUACCGCCUUAAUAUUUUCGCCAUGCAUUAUCUAAAAAAAUAUACGAACAGCUUUUGCUGCAAAAAAUCAUUAAAUAAUUGCAUAAAAAUUAAAAUUGUUAACGAUUGUUGUCUUAAAAAAUAUUCAUGCAUUUUCAAUUUUCGCCUUACCAAAUAUAUUGUUAGCCGUAGGUGAAUUUGUAACUUUUUUACUUAUAUUGAAUACAUUUUUCUACAGCUUCUCUAACGAAUAUUUUGAAAGCAGGUAUAAAAUAUCAUCACAUAUUCCAACUACGAGGGUGAAGUAAGAACCGUUAUGUAACGGAGUUAGAGAAACUUUAUUUAUGAACGUAAAUUGUUAUACAAACUAAAAUAUGAACAUUUUUUCAUUUUUCAACACAGCCACCUAAAUAUUUAAACAUUUGUCAAAUCAUGGCGUCAGCUUUUGGAUCCCGUCGGCGUCGUCAAAGAACGCUGCCAUCUGACGGUUAAACCUGUUAGUAACUGUUUCUUUCAACAUCUCACCAUUUUUGAGGUGCUUUCCACCAAGAAAUUUCUCAAGUUCUGGAAAAAAGCUGAAAGUCUGAUAGCACUAAGUUAGUGCUGUAUGGUGGAUGAUCCAGUAAUUCUCAACGAAACUGCGUCUGUCUGCCGUAACGUGAGGCCAAGCGUUGCCAUGAUGCAGAAUGACGCCGCCACAGGGCAGGCGGUUUUGAAUAGCGCGCCUAAGCUUCUGUAGUGUCUCACAGCACCUCUCAGUAUUUAUAAUAGGACGAACUUUUUGCGUUUAAAAACAGAAUUACUGAGUGCACUUAUUAACCGGCGGGUUGACUGAGUGACAUGGCGACAAACAAAGCAGUAUAUCCACGCAACCAACACCGACAGAGACGUGAAACGUAAUGGCGGCAUAGUGAAAAACUGACCAAUAGUGUUUGAGGUUGAACGGACGUGACGUGACAGGAUGCGCGGGCACAAUGAGCAAUAGGUUCUUACUUUUUACUUAUGAAUGGCUCUCGUAGAUUUUGUUAUUCCUCAAAAGCUUUGAUUUGUUUUUUUGGGGAACCACAUUCCGGACUAUACCCCUUAAGAGCUAUCUAUUUCUGUAACUUUUCGUCUUCAAAAGACCACGUAUUUCGUUUGUACCUGUCUCCAAAAUACAAGUUUGAACGAAUCUUGUAUAUACUGUCGGCUACAUUCAGGUUUAGUAAAAUUUAUGGCUUUUACAGUAUAUUGCCACUAAUACUAUACAACUCUAGCAUCAUAAGCAUUGGGUAAAGAAUGAGGUACAUUCUAUAUUUCAAGUUAGGUUGUGUUAGUUCAUAUACGAUCAUAUACGAAUGUUUAUGGAUUGGCGAUCCCCACCUACAAAUGAUUCGGCAAGCGUACGGUGAAGAAGGUCCUUUGUGUAGCCCAUAACCGCUCGACGUCCUACGCUAAGUACAGAGAUUUCGCACCUCACAAUCACGGUCGAGUGUCAAGUGAUCGCAAUAUUAAGUAGUAAGUAUCAACUGCAGACAGUGCUGUUUCAUGCUCACCGCACUGAUGAAUUGCUAAUGAGCACGAAACAGCGCUGUCUGCGGUUGGUCGUGGUUCAUAUGAAGCCAAAAAGCUUUUUUGGUAGCUCACAAUUGUUUCUACCAGAAUAUUUUCAGUUACUGAUGUUGCAAACUGAAUGCUGAUGCCAGAAUUCCAUCAGUCUGUAUAUAAAACCAUAAGUAACAUUAAAAAAUAACUGACAAAGCAAUUGAUCUUUAGUAGAAAUCAAACUGACCUGUGUUUUGCUACGUGUACCGGGAGGGGUAUUAAGUAACUUGAAAAGUGACAUUAUGUCGGUUUUUUGACAUUAUGUACGUUUUUUAUGACACAUAGGUUUUUCUACAAGACAUCAACUUGGAACUAUGUGUCGUUCACUUUAUGCUCACUUGUAGCAAGCACCGAAUGAAUUAUUUGCACAUUAGCCUUCUUAGUCAACAAGUUUUUUUUUGACAUUAUAUAGUUUUUUUACGUAAUCACCCUGCCGGUAAUACAGCAUUUAUAUCCAAGAAAGGACGCAGUUUUCGUCUAACUUGAAGAUUCCAAUUCCAAAUAUUGCUAUUUAGCGCGAUAAUUAUGCAAAUUAUUUUAGGUUUUGUUUGUCCGCGGGAUAAAAAAGAGACAAAAAACAACUGAAAUUGCCCAACGUACGGUGGUUCAAAACACCAAAAAGCUAUUCAGUCGAGGAGUUUUUUUUGGGGUCGCUAAAUUCAAAUCAGGGGUUAGCUUGUCUCUACGAAGGCAUUUGACAUGUCGUUUAGGUUUUUCCUUGUCGCUUAGUACGAAUUAUGUCGAUGAGUCAAUGUGGGGGAAUGUAAUUUCAAGGCAACUUUAAUAAGUGUAGCAUUGGAUUCCAGACGGGUGUUAUUUAGCUCUUUGGGGUCGAGGAGUCGAUUCCGAUCAUCUGCCACAACAUAGCAGUAAAUAAGAUUUCUUAACAGGAGGUAAAAGUUAACAAGAACUAACUCUGGAUUUUAUCUAACAUUACUUCAAGGUUGAGAAACAUUAUCAAUCCCAAUUUGGGCAAAGGGCGGAAUCUUAUUAAAAACCUGUCUGAAUGAUAGUAGUAUUCUACCUGAAAAUAGCCAACCUAAUGCUAUAUUCCCGCGUCCGAAAAAUUAUCCGAGAUGACAUGAUAUCUCAUUAGCCUCAUCUAUGAGAAUUUGUCAGAGACAUGCUUCUAAUCUCCGUGCUAAUGAGAAAUCUACUUUAAAAAGGUUACUUUCAUCGAUGGCGCUGUAGCCAGAUAUAUAGCAUAUGUUAAUAUAUUUGGCUAAAGAGCCUUUUCAAAGCAACUAGUGAAGGUAAAUAUAGUAACCCGUUCAACUCACAGGGUGCAUGGAAACAAUAAUAAUGACGUUGCAUCAGAUAAAACAUAGAAAGUAGUGUCGAAUGAUACACCACAAACUACAAGUUUGAUAGUCUGACAAGGCAUAGGAAGCGUAAGCAAAGUUCUACAUUGGAUGUACAGUUUUCAUUUAUAGUUCGAAUGAUGCUCGAGUUCUGUAAUGUUACUAGUAACAUACUGAAUUGUUUCGUUUUGGUUGUAAAAAUGAUCGUUUUACGAGUAUAGUGCUUUUUAUUUUAUCCUGUGCGUAGAGAAUGUGAGAGGUCAUCAUUUUGAAAAUCCUAUAAAAUGAUAUAUAGAGUACAAAUACCGAUUGAAACAUCAGAAUGGCGCCUCUCCCGAGUCUCUGAUACUGAACUUUUUAUUUAUUGUACUGACGUAUUUUGUGAUAAAAAACUUGUAUAUUUAAUUUAUAUAAAUAUGAUAACGACGGUUCGAGGGGUUAUUGUAUCUCCAAUAAAGAUUAUUUUUCAG